AUGCAUAGAAACCAAAACAUAAUCAUCAAUGAAUUUAUGUUUUGUAAUUCACAUGGAAAAGAAACGUGUCAAGAAUGUUUAGUUGAUCAUAGAUUAGGAAACAAUUUAAUUUUAGAAGAUGAUUUGAUUCAAUCUAUUAUGAGUUUUGAUUGGGUUGAUCGUAAACCAAUAGAAGUCUACAAACUAGGAGUCACUCCACUAAUCCCCAACAAUCCAGUUCAAAGUACGAUCCAUCAAACUCAAGAUACAACACUUUAUCAAUGUUUAAAUCAUCAAACCAUAAAUUGUUCAAUUUGUUUUAAUUGGAUUCAAAUCAUUUUAAAUGGUUUAUAUUUGUAA